AUUGUUUUAAAAUGAAUAAAAUAAGUAUAUCACUAGUGCUAUUUUUUCUUGGAGCGGUAGUAGCUCAAGCAAAUGAUUGUGAAAUAAAUUCCAUAGACCAAGUAUUACCAGUUUUAGAACAAUGUAGUGUCAUUAGAGUAAACAACGUUUCGGUGCCAUCUGGCCAAACUUUAGAAUUGAAUUUAAAAGAAAACUCACAUCUUAUAUUUGAUGGAACUGUAACAUUUGACGUAAAAUACCAGGACGAAGUACCUCUUGUUAGGAUCAGUGGAGAAAAUUUAUUCGUUGAAGGUAGAAAAGAUGCUGUUAUUAGUGGACAAGGAGAAAAGUACUGGGAUGGUAAAGGCAUUGAAGGUAAAAACAGGAAACCAGUUUUACUAGAAGUAUCAUCUCAAAACUCACUAUUGAAGAACAUCAAUCUCCGUAACUGUCCACAAGAAUGUGUUAAAAUUUUAAAAUCUGCAAACAGCACUUUUACUGGCUGGAAUAUUGAUAUUACAGACGGAUUUAAGGAUAAUCUUGGAGUAGAUACUCAUGGUUUUGCAGUAGCAAACUCUUCGGAUAUUAUUAUUAAAGACUCAAAUAUAAUCAACCAAGGUGACUGUAUAGUCGUAAAUCAAGGUUCUGAUUUACACUUUGAAAAAAUAGCUUGUAGAGGGUCUCAAGGAUUAACAGUUCAUCCAGAAUGGGUAUAUGAAAAUUAUAUACGAGAUGUUAUAUUUGAAGAUUGCAGUGUCGUCGAAGGACAAACGGGUAUUAGAGUGGUUACAUCACCUCAUCAAGCCGAGGGAAACAUUUCAAAUGUUAUUUACAAGAAGAUCCACUUAACAGGAAUACUGUUUAGAGGCAUCGAUAUUCACCAAGAUCUUGAUGACGAAGGAAGACCCAGUGGAAACGUUAAAAUUACUGAACUAGAUAUUUCAGAUGUUAAAGGAAAUAUGACAGACAAAUAUGUUAGAGCUGUUUAUAUAUGGUGUGGUUCAGACGGAUGUGCGAAUUGGAAUUGGUCAGAUAUUGAUAUAGAAAAUGCAGAAGUUGAGAAUGCUUGUAAUUUUUUGCCAAAUAAUUGGACCUGUUGGUAAAAGUAUAGCCAGAUAACAAAAUUAUAUUAUAUUGAGAAUCUU